CACGCUCCUUUCAGUUGAUCCCCAUCAUCGCGCUCCGAAAUGGCCCCUCGUGUUGUCGUCCUGAUCUCCGGCACAGGAUCUAAUCUCCAGGCCCUCAUCGAUGCUACCCGGAAUGGCACGCUCAAGGCCGAGAUUCCCCUCGUUAUCUCAAACCGCUCCAAGGUCUUUGGUUUGGAGAGGGCAGAGAAGGCCAGCAUACCCACAAAAGUCCUUGCCCUGAAGCCGUACACGACCGCUGGAAAGACCAGGACUGAAUACGAUGCGGAUCUCGCUCAGCUAAUCCUUGCUGCUAAGCCAGACCUGGUUGUUCUUGCUGGAUUUAUGCACAUUCUCUCCCCUGCAUUUCUGGACCAGUUUCCCACGACACCAUUGAUCAACCUGCAUCCUGCAUUGCCUGGACAGUUUGAUGGCGCUAAGGCUAUCGAGCGCGCCUUCGAAGCAUACCAGAAAGGAGAGAUCAAACAUACAGGAGUUAUGGUUCACCGCGUAAUCCAGGAAGUAGACGGAGGCGAGCCAUUGCUGGUCAAGGAGGUAGAGAUCAGGCCAGAAGAUGAUUUGGCAGCCCUGCAGGAAAGGAUACAUUCGGUUGAGCAUGUUCUCCUUGUCCAAGGAGCUGCCAAGGUGCUGGAAGAAGAGGCGAAUAAGCACAAGUCUGCAUAACUGUAUACACUCUGUCCGAUAAACUCUCU